CACUAGGUAUUCACUUAAAUACCUCUUUUGCUAUGAUGAGAAACUCAUCACCCACUUCUCUCAUUCGCAUUCUCAAAUUCUAGCUUGCAUCGGAUAGCUCCAGGACUUGUAUCCUCUUAUUACUGUAUAGACAUGGAAAUGGAAAUAGGCCCCGCACGUCACAACCCCCUGGAUGCUCAGCGUUUCGACCCGCUGCGGCGCACUCGCACAAGACUCGUGUCACUUUUCAACACUAGCACUUCAAAACUGAUGAUGGGGCAGGGCCUUCGCGUCAAAAUGGAGCGAGCGAGCGUGGGUGAUUUGUGGCCGGACUAUGAGGUUGUAGUCAAUCCUUUUGAGGCGGGAGGUUUCGAUUCGGAGGGAUCGUGCCCAUCCCCACCUUUUACUCUUAUUACGGACGCGCGUGCCACUUCCCCUACGCCUAUCAACGUAUACGACCACGACGACAUUGUUAUCACACGUACCAUCAUCCACCCUAAUCCCAAUCCCCAUCGUGGUCCUACCCGUAUACUAUCUCGCACGUGGAUGGUGCUUACACGCAUGUUCUCGUGCUCGCCGUCUUUCACAAACACCUACUCUCCUUCUCUAUCUUCUUCAUCGUCUGUAUCGCCCCGAUCCACCCCCCUUGAGCGCUCCACGAGCCUGGUGCCCCGAGUGCUCAACUGUUUCAGCACAUCCUCGGCUUUCGAUAGCGAUGCGGAUGAUAUAAAAAUUCACAGGAGGGAGAGGCCUGUGUUGUUGGUGGUUGUUAAGGAGACGAGGGAGAGGUAUGAGGAUGAUCGGGCAUUUAAGGAGAUUGUGGAGAGUGUAUUUCCUGCUGGUGGUGUGAGGGGCGGCGCUUGAGCUUGGUCCUUGCAUGACGUGGGUUAGAUGCUUGUGAAUGAUUUUUACUGCAGCGCUGGACGCCCUAUUGCAUACAUUCCUUGUUAUGCUAAUUAUUUGAUCUCUGGGGACACUGCACGUGUAUUUUAUAAUAACUUGGUUGUUAUCUAUCUCAUUGUGCGGGGUAUCUAC